AGCACCUGUUCCAGAGGCGCAGGUAGGAACCCAGGCUGCAGCCAAGUAUCCCGUGUGCUGGUCGGGACCUAUACAAGCAAAGUCUUCAUAGUUGUUGUGAUUUUCUCACAACAACCUCUGGGUGGUAGUGAAAACACAGAUGAAGCAGGCAGGCUGGACACUUGGCAGGAACACAGACGAGGCAGAUGUACAGGGUUAAUCUAAACACAGAAAGAACCGAAACUGCUGGAACACACUCAGGAACAAAUACAGGCUCAACACAGGAUAUGGUCAGACAAGCCAGUCGCUCUCUGUUUAAUGCUACCAAAUACAGGCUUUACUUUCAGAAUGUAAAGAUAUUAAUUCCUUCAACUUGGUCAAACCAGAAUUAUACCAGAUCUAAAACAGAGACAUAUGACCAGGCAGAUGUUGUCAUUGCCAGUCCUUACAUUUCUACUGAUAAUGGUCCCUAUACCCUGCAAUACGGACAAUGCGGAGAGCCAGGAAGAUAUAUACACUUGACUCCCAACUUCAUGUUAACGGAUAUGACCAGUAUCUAUGGGCCCAGAGGGAAAGUGCUUCUUCAUGAAUGGGCUCACCUCCGAUGGGGUGUUUAUGAUGAGUACAAUCUACAGACACCUUUCUACUUCUCAUCUUCAGGCGGGAAGUCCUUACAAGCGACAAGGUGCUCAAGUCAAAUAACUGGUAUCUUGGUGAACAAAACAAUGACUUCUAAGGGGCCGGCAAGCUGCACAAGUAAUAAUAUAACACGCUAUAAUGCUGAGUGUCAAUUUCUGCCAAAUACACGCCAAUUUCCAAAUGUUAAGAGUUCCAUUAUGUAUAUGCAAAGCCUGGAUAAUAUAACUGAAUUUUGUAAUUCCACUAAUCAUAACAUUGAAGCUUCAAACCUGCAAAACAAAAUGUGUGAUUCAAGAAGUACAUGGGAUGUCAUCCAGAAAUCCACUGACAUAAGCUCCACACCACCAAGGUCUAACACCAGUAUUCCUGACACCAGCUUCACAUUGCUGCAACCUAAACAAAGGACUGUGACUCUUGUACUUGAUGUUUCAGGAAGUAUGAGUGGCUAUAACCGCAUUGGACGACUUAAUCAAGCGGCUUCCAUAUUCUUACUACAGAUCGUUGAAACGGGAUCUUCUGUUGGAAUUGUUUCCUUCUCGACAGAUGCAUACAUCCUUUCAGAGUUGGUCAAAAUAGAAAAUAAUUCACAGCGCGAGAGUCUACAAUCCCUUCUUCCAACCACAACUAUUGCAGGAACUGACAUUUGCAAAGGAACACUGACCGGGAUUGAGGUAAACAAUAAAGGUGAUAGAUCGGCUUAUGGAACAGAAAUUUUGUUACUCACAGAUGGUGAAGAUUCAACCUUUGAUACUAAGAUUUGCUUUCAGAGUAUUAUGGACAGUGGAGUUAUUGUCCAUUCCAUAGCUCUAGGACCCUCUGCAUCAAAAGCUCUUGAAGAUAUUUCUAAUAUUACAGGUGGAAUAGUUUAUACAGCAACAGACACGGUAGAUGCCAAUGGUUUGAUUAAUGCCUUCAGUAGACUACAGUCUGGAAGUGGAAAUGUCACUCAGCAGGUCAUUCAGCUGGAGAGUUCUGCAUCCUCCCUUGCACCAUAUACCUGUAUCAAUGGCACCAUUGUUAUUGACAGCACUGUGGGUUUUCAAACAGUCUUUACUGUAACAUGGCAAAACUUAGUACCAAGAAUUAAUAUACAAGGCCCAAAUGGGAUUGUGUACAGUGCUACAAACUUCUUGAAUGACACCGUUUCCAAGUUAUCAAGCUUUGAGAUCCCAGGAAAAGCUCAGAAUGGACCUUGGCAGUACAGGAUUUGUAAUUUGAAUACAGCAGCUGAAGCAAUAGCAAUUGUCGUGAACUCUAAGGCAGCAGAAAAUAGUAUACCGCCAGUUACUGUUGAGGCUCAUAUGAAUAGUAGACAAGGCCAAUACCCCAGUCCAAUGGUCAUAUAUGCAUCGGUCAGUCAAGGGCUAUUACCUGUAACGGGGGCCAGUGUUACAGCUCUUAUUGAAGAUAAGAAUGGAAAGACAACGGCUUUAGAGCUUUUGGACAAUGGUUCAGGUCCUGAUAUUAUGAAGAAUGAUGGAAUAUAUUCAAAAUACUUUACACAAUUCUCAGCAAAUGGAAGAUAUGGUUUAAAAGUGCGAGUUGAAAACAAUGCUAAGGGCAAAAGUCGAUUGGUCCUCCCCAAGAACCGCGCUCUCUAUGUUCCAGGAUAUAUAAUAAAUGGCACUGUUGUCAUGAACCCUCCACGCCCUGAAAUUGCAGAUGAAGACCUUAAUGUUGGAGAAUUCAGCAGAACAGCUUCAGGAGGAUCUUUCUUGGUAUCUAAUGUGCCCUCAGGUGGUCCUCCUCCUCAGCAAGAUCUCUAUAAACCUGAUAGAAUAAGUGAUUUAGAGGCAAAAGUUGAUAAUGAUAUGAUUGUGUUAUCUUGGACUGCCACUGGUGAUGAUCUGGACCAGGGGAAUGUUUCAAGUUAUGACCUAAGAAUGAACACCAAUCCCAGUGACCUCAGAACCAACUUUAACGGAUCAGCACAGGUUGACAUUGCCACCCUUACACCUUUACCCGCUGGAUCCAGAGAAACAUUCUCAUUUGUGCCAGAAAACGUUGUUCUAAAAAAUGGCACUGUCCUUUUCUUUGCUUUAGUUGCUGUUGAUAAAGUCACUCAACGAUCAGAUGUAUCAAACAUAGCCCAGGCCGCUCUCCUCAUCCCCCCAACACCAGCCUCUAAUGACAGCUCUGAUGGACUUAACGUAACACAUAUUACGCUGAUAGUGUGCGCAGCUGUUAUUGCCAUCUGUAUCAUUAUAAGUAUUACUGUCUGCAUUGUCAGCUGUCAAAGGAGGAAAAGUAAUCCAGAAGUGAGAGUAUGAAACGGAAAACUACCCAGAUUUGUAUAUUAAAAUGUCAAUUUCAUUGUUAAAAUAUUGCAGAUGACUUGUGAAAUGCAGUCAUUCUAUAAAAUGCUUAAAACCCACAGGCAAAAUAAUCUUUAUACAUUCCCUAGAAAUUCCAUAGUAUAUCUAGCUUGUCUUAGGCGGUGUGAAAAUGAUGAAACUGCAGCCCAAAACUUGCAUAAGGCCAUUUUCACAUUACUAUUUUGUUUUCUGUUCUGAUCUGUCAUCAGAAAAAAAAAUAUAAAAAAAAUGGAUCCUUUAUUUUGAGCAUCCAUUGUGUUUAUUUUGAAUCCAUUUUGUCAGUUAUGUCAGAGAUCUGUUAUUUUAGACGGGAGAAAAAGUCCUGCGUGGACUAAAUGGAUGCAAAAUUAGCACAAUGGAGGUUUAAAAUAAAGGAUCCUUUUUUUAGAUAUUGUUUUUUUUAUUUUUCAUUUCUUCUGACUGAUCAGAAGAAUGGGAAACAGAAUGUUGAUGUGAACCUGGUCUUAAAUAAGUAAAUCUGUGCUAACUUUAAUAAAUAAAAGCCUAAAAUGAUACAAUUUCGGCUUUCAGAAGCAGUUUCUUCAUAGUAUUUUCUUAAUUCUUAAUUGUAAUUGGUUGUGUUUCACAUGUUUCAAUCUGUCAA